AUCCCACCAUAUAUUCCUCCCUACCUCAGCUUCUCUAUCUGUUUGUGACAGAAACCCAUCCGACCCUCUCGCUAAAAAAUAACCAUCCCUUCUUCUCAGCUGUCUCAAAACACCCAAGAGUUAUUUUCUGUGUUCAAAAAAUCGAGAUAUUCGGGCGGGCUCUGGUCGAGGCGAUUUACUGGGACGGAUCCAUGGCUAGCGCAGAGAGCUCCGAUGGUUGGAGCGACUCUGAAUCAGGAGAAAACCCAAGUCCAAUCCAGAGAGAGAAAAAGAGUUAUUUGUGUGAAAGAGGGUGGAUCCUAGGAAGAGUGUUCGACCCUCGAAGCAAAAUCAUUCAGGAAUGGAACAGGGUCUUCCUCUUAGUCUGUGCUGCUGGGCUCGCAGUCGACCCCCUCUUUUUGUACGCUCUCUCUAUAAGCGACACCUGUCUCUGCCUCUUCAUCGACGGCUGGUUUGCACUGACGGUGACGGCCCUGCGUUGCAUGACUGAUUUGAUGCACCUGUGUAACAUGUGGGUUCAGUUGAAGACGUGCUAUGUAACAAAGCACUCUGUAGGGGUGGGGGGUGGAACCCUACAAACUCAUCCUAGGGCAGUUGCCCUCCAUUAUUUGACCUCUAAGAAGGGCUUCCUGUUUGACCUCUUUGUUAUACUUCCCAUUCAACAAAUGGUUUUAUGGGUUGUUGCACCAAAUUUGAUAAGGCUAGGCUCCACCACCACAGUGAUGACAGUGUUUCUGAUAAUGUUUCUUUUCCAAUAUCUCCCCAAAUUAUACCACGCAAUCUCUCUCUUACGAAGGAUGCAGAACCUGUCCGGCUACAUUUUUGGAACAAUUUGGUGGGGUUUUGCCCUCAAUAUGAUUGCAUACUUCGUGGCUGCUCAUGCCGCAGGAGCAUGCUGGUACUUGCUAGGGAUUCAGAGGGCAGCAAAGUGUUUGAGAGUGCAAUGUCGAGGCAUGGCGAGUUGCUCCUUAACGACAUUAGGAUGCAAAGACACUAUAUACUAUGGCACCGCCAUUGUUAGGGACUCCAUGAGAAUGGCCUGGGGAGCAAAUAAGCAAGUGAGGCAUAUGUGUAUAGACACUGCGGAUAACUUUAACUAUGGAGCAUACAAAUGGGUAGUCCCACUUGUCACAAACUCAAGUCGUUUGGAGAAGAUACUCUUCCCCAUCUUUUGGGGAUUAAUGACUCUGAGCACUUUUGGGAACUUGGAGAGCACGACGGAAUGGGUGGAGGUGGUGUUCAAUAUCAUAAUUCUAACAAGUGGCCUAUUGCUAGUUACAAUGUUGAUCGGUAAUAUUAAGGUAUUCCUGCAAGCGACGACAUCGAAGAAGCAGGCAAUGCAGCUGAAGAUGAGGAACAUGGAGUGGUGGAUGAAUAGGAGGCAGCUGCCGCAGGCAUACAGGCAGCGGUUGAGGCAGUACGAGAGGCAGAGGUGGGCGGCCAUGAGAGGAGUGGACGAAGUGGCAAUGAUCAAGAACCUGCCUGAGGGCCUACGCCGUGACAUCAAGUAUCACCUCUGCCUUGACCUUGUUCGCCAGGUACCGUUGUUUCAACACAUGGAUGAUUUGGUCCUUGAGAACAUAUGCGACCGUGUCAAGUCUGUAAUCUUCCCCAAGGGGGAGACGAUAACACGCGAGGGCGACCCUGUCGAACGCAUGCUCUUUGUGGUGCGCGGCCACCUCCAGAGCUCCCAAGUGCUGCAUAACGGCCUUCAGAGCAGCUGCAUGCUUGGCCCCGGCAACUUCAGUGGGGAUGAGCUCCUCUCCUGGUGCCUCCGCCGCCCCUUUGUUGAGCGUCUUCCCCCCUCAUCUGCCACUCUCAAAAGUCUGGAGACCGCAGAGACAUUUGUCCUCGAGGCUGCCGACGUGAAGUAUGUCACCCAGCAUUUCAGGUACACAUUCAUGAACGAGCGUGUCAAGCGCAGUGCGCGGUACUACUCGCCGGGGUGGAGAACAUGGGCUGCGGUGGCUAUUCAAUUGGCAUGGCGGCGUCAUAGGCAUAGACUGGCCCUCACUUCAUUGUCAUUUAUACGGCCGAGAAGGCCGCUGUCGAGGAGCACAUCACUAAGCGAGGACCGGCUCAGGCUGUAUACCGCAUUGCUCACAUCGCCAAAGCCCGAUCAAGAUGAGUUCUAUUAAAUCAGGGUAUGGAGGGUUGAACUUUUGGCUUUUUUUUUUUUAUUAUUUGUUAUUCUCACCUGAAUUUAACCAUGCUUUGGGUGGAAUAGCAGAAAGACGAACGGGAUUCAUGUUUUCUGGUGAAUAAAAGUUUGGCAUUAGGCUUUAGGUGCUGGAACGUGUCGGAAUUUGUAGUCUGGUUAAAUCCAUGGAUGAUGGAUUAGUGGAUAUGGUAGUCUGUUCGGACUGUGAAUGGGAUUUUUGCCAGGGAUACCGUGUGCUGUUUCAGUUGGUUAACCAUUUGCCCUAAUUUCAGAGGGGGGGAAAUCCUUUGGUGGGUAUGAAUUGGUAUGGUUUCAUGAAAGGAGCAGUCCAAUUUCUGUUUGUAUAGAGUUUAUGCAUUGAUUGAUAUUUAAUUAUGCAAUGAAAUGAAUAAUCGGGUAGGACUGAGCUCUACCUGAACAAUUAUCAGUA